GAUAAAACCAAUUGACUUGCGAAAAUUUGAUUUAAAAUCAACAACAACAAACUAAAUCAACAUUCAAUGUUAAUCUAUUUUUAUAUUACAAAUGCAAUUCAACCAAUUUGUAUUUCGUUGUAAUUUUUUUUUAUAUAUACACAACCUGAUUUGAUUUUCCAAUGGUAGACAAAUGAUAUUAUAAUAAUAAUAUUAGGCAAUAAUCAUCAAGAGUAAAGAUUGAUAAUAGAAAACAAAUUAACAAUUAUAACAACUAUCGAUUGAGAAUCAAUUACUUGAUCGUAAUUCAAUGUCACUCCCUCUAAACAAAAAUCUCACUAAACUGUCAUAGGAAAAUCUUGUCAACACCAAUGGUAUUUUAAUGGAAAUUUAAUCAAUUUAUUCUGUUAAUUAAUAACCAGUUAAUUUGUAUUCUCUGAAAGAAAAUUACAAUCUUCCAUUACAAUUAAACAUCAAGCUCGAUAAUCAUCAAUUAUCCUUAUUGAUAUUUGUUAACCUUUUGAUUGUUUUUUUUGUUGUGUUUACAUUUUAAUCAUCUCGAUUAUCUCAAAAAUGGCCAAACAAUUGUUUGAUUUACCUGAUGAAUUGUUGUUAAAUAUUCUCAGUUAUAUUACCAAUAUUCGGGAAAAGAUCCGUUUGGCCUCAGUUAAUUCAACAUUUUAUAACCUGGUAACCGAAGCUUGUAGGACCCAGAAUUAUAAGCUAAUUAACCACAGUGAUUAUAUGUACGAAAGUGAAUACAAGAAGCUGGAAAAUACCGAGAAUAUAAUCAAAUUACCUGAGCUACUUCGUAUCGCACCAAAGUUGACCCAUUUUGUUGAUAAAAUUUUCCACUUUUCAUAUGAUCACAAUUCGGAUACAAAUCAACAGAAAUGUGAACCAAUUUCAUUGAUCCACACAAAGUACAUUUAUCUUGAUCUGUGUAAAGCUAAUUUCUUUGGUCGACCCUAUGAUAAUUUUGAUCGUAAAGCCGAGAUUAUCCUUGGGAAUAUACCGAAUGUCACAACAUUGGACAUUAGAAUGGACAAAGAAUACAAAUUGAAUUUUCCUUCCAUGGUCAAUCUAAAAGUGUUCAAAUUUAGCUACUUUGCUACAAAUGGAUUUCAAUUACAUCCAUUUCCAAGUAAAAUCGUCGAUGAUGUCCUAAGAAAUGCUCCAAAUCUCGAGGAGAUUUACAUCAAUUCCAAGUACAUUACCGUUGAUCCCAAUUUACCUGAAUUCUUGGCAAAACUAUCAACCAAUUGUCCCAAUUUAAGAGCAUUGAAAAUAUUUUACCAAGUAACUGAUUUCGGUCGAUUAAGGUCAUUCUUUGAACCUUUCGAUUUUAACGAUGGACACAAAUUACUCAAACUGGAAUAUCUUAAUUUCACUGGUUUCUAUAUUCCAAUUGAUUUAUGGGAGAGUUUACUUUCUUUGACUCCCAAUCUUAAAUAUUUAUUAUUCGAUUCGUCGAUUGAUCUGAGAAUCAAAAGUUUAAUCACGAGAAAUUGUCCAAGAGCGAAAUAUGACCAAGAAAGACCUUUCGAGAUCGAAGAAGAAUUCAGAAUUUACAAUCAAAGAACUUAUGGAUUCGAUGGAGAUCGUUACUUGUAAUAGAACGAAAAUUCAAUUCUAAUUCUAUUCUAAAUUCAAUCGAAUCUAAUUGUCCAACAUUUGAAUUUUGAUGGAAUUGAUCAAAUUGAUCGACUACAAUUUAACUUAAACUGGUUGAGUUCCGAUCACUUUAAUUGUGAUGGUUAACCUUAUAUGUCCAAUUCACAAUUAAAUGGUAUCAGGAAGGAAAACAAUUACUGAGUUGGAAUAAUUUUACAUGGUUAAUUUUGGAAACGAAUUAACAAUUUAAUUUGAUAUCAGCUUAUUUUUUUCUCAUUAAAAUGACUAGAACAACAAAAA